AUGACGCGCGCCAUCUUCCUCAUGGCCGACUAUGGCCAUGACCCAACAGAGACCGCCCUGCCCUGGAGCGUGUUUCGCGCCGCCAACAUCGAGACCUAUUUCGCCACAGAAACUGGCAAUCCGCCCAAGUGCGACUCCAUGAUGCUCGAGGGCUGGACUGGAAGCUUGUUGGGUGCGCCCGCCGCUGCUAAAACUGCUUAUCGCGAGCUCGAGGUGUCCGCGGAAUUCACGAAACCUCUUUCAUGGACUGCAUCGGAUUUCAGCUUGAAGGAAUAUGAUGUUGUGUUCUUGCCGGGAGGACAUGAGAAGAGUGUCAGCGCCAUCAUUGACUCGAAGUCGGUGCACAAGUUACUGGCUGAGUACUUCCCUCUCACCAAAAAAGCGUCCACUACUGGGCCACCAAAGGUACUGGCGGCGAUCUGUCACGGCGUGAUGGUGCUUUCUAGCGCUGAGGGAGCAGACGGCAAAAGUCUGUUAGAUGGAGUCACGACGACAGGGCUACCACACAUGAUGGAGCAGGGUAUUUUCUGGGCCACGAGGCCGUUCUUGGGCGACUAUUACAAGACAUACGGAGCGGGAAGCGACAGCGUAGAGACCUCGGUGACGAAAUGUGGGGCGGUGUGGAAGGGGAGUAUGAGUCUCUCGCCAUUCGUGGUCGAGGAUGAACGCUACCACUACGUGUCUGCGCGAUUUCCACCUGACGCGGAAGCGAUAGCGAACAGGGUUGUGGAGAUUGUCAGAAAAUAG